ACAGAGACAGAGAGCGAGAGAGACCGUGCUCCACAAACCUCCUUCCGCCACAACUGCAGGGCCAGCCCACAGCAUGUGGGAACUCCGGUCCAUAGCCUUCUCCAGGGCCGUGUUUGCAGAGUUCCUGGCCACGCUCCUCUUCGUCUUCUUCGGCCUCGGUUCGGCCCUCAACUGGCCACAGGCCCUGCCCUCUGUGCUGCAGAUUGCCAUGGCCUUCGGCCUGGGUAUCGGGACCCUGGUCCAAGCUUUGGGCCACAUCAGUGGGGCUCACAUAAACCCUGCCGUGACUGUGGCCUGCCUGGUGGGCUGCCACGUCUCCUUUCUCCGAGCUGCCUUCUACGUAGCUGCCCAGCUACUGGGGGCUGUGGCAGGGGCCGCUCUGCUCCAUGAGAUCACGCCACCCGACAUUCGAGGGGACCUGGCUAUUAACGCACUCAGCAACAACACAACAGCGGGCCAGGCUGUCACGGUGGAGCUCUUUCUGACCCUGCAGCUGGUGCUCUGCAUCUUCGCCUCCACAGACGAGCGGCGGGGAGACAACCUGGGCACCCCCGCCCUCUCCAUCGGUUUCUCUGUGGCCCUGGGCCACCUCCUCGGGAUCCACUACACCGGCUGCUCCAUGAACCCUGCCCGCUCCCUGGCUCCUGCUGUGGUCACCGGCAAGUUUGACGACCACUGGGUCUUCUGGAUCGGACCCCUGGUGGGCGCCGUGCUGGCCUCCCUCCUCUACAACUACGUGCUGUUCCCGCCGGCCAAGAGUCUGGCCGAGCGCCUGGCGGUGCUCAAGGGGCAGGAGCCCGACGCCGACUGGGAGGAGCGCGAGGUGCGGCGGCGGCAGUCGGUGGAGCUGCACUCGCCGCAGAGCCCGCCGCGGGGCAGCAAGGCUUGAGCGCGCCGCCCGCCAGGCCCCCCGAGGCCCCGGUCAUCCCCCACCCCCACCCGAGGCUCGGUGAGGGGAGAGCUCUGAGUGGCUGCCCGCCGGCCGCCCAGCCCGCCCCUCCCCUCCCCCGGUCCAAAGUCCGCCCGGACACCGCAGAAGAGCCGCUGCCGGGGCUGUGGGAUGGCGGUAAGCCCGGCCGUCCACCUGUCCCCAGGCUGCAAGCCGCGAGCAGUCCGACGCUCUGGCUCCUUGCGGGGAGCUGGCCUCUUGGGGAGGGAAGGCCAGCAGGCAGAGGAAGGCUCUGGAGAGGCCCGGCACCGGUACGGCGGGGGAGAGGGAUCUGGGAACGGUGAGGCAGGUUUGGCUAGUGUGUGAGCGUGUGUUCCUCCCCAGCGUCCCUCUGUCCCCAAGUGCACCGUGGUGCAGGCUCCAGAGCGUGAGUGGCUGUGCCUGUGGCAGUGCGAGGGCACCCACCAGCUGGCAACCUCUCACUCCCCUCUUGACGCCCCCCUCACCAGUGCAAUAAAUCUACUUCCUCUGUAGCUCCGUCCUCCCCCAGGAGUUCUGAGAGUGCUCCCCAGAAGGGAAGUGGAAGCUCUGGAGGCCCCUGAGAGGGCGGAAGGGAGUGCCCUGAUGGCCAACCCCUACCCUGCCUCUCCUGGAAAAUUCCCCCAACCUGCAGCACUGGGCCCCAAGAUUUGCCAACUGCCGUUGCUAGAGACAGAGAAGUAUCAGCCAGAGAACAGCUUCCCCAGAAGUGGCCUCUGGGAAAAGGGAGGGUUGGGUGGCCAAGGACCUCCUGUCUGCCCUGAGGGAAGACUCUUCCAAGAAGGAAGCCAGUGUAUGUGUGUGCACGCGUGUAUAUGUGUGUGUACCUGCCCUACACGUGUGCAUGAGACCCCCAUCUCCAGGGGGCUCCAGACCCAGAGAUUAGCCUGUGGCAGAGAAAACAAAAGCCCUCUGUGGGCCCCCGGCCUUUGUCUUGGGACAGGGGGAGAUUUGCAACUGGACACUUGGUGAAAGGAGACACUCGGUUGCAAUUGCUCAAGUGAGGCCUCUCUCCCGGCAUGCACCUGCACCCAAGGCUGGCUGGCUGGCCAGGGUGGCAGGCAUGCAGGCCCAGGCCCCACUCGCCAGGCAGCGGCUCUUCCUCCUCAGGAAACUUUCUUCCUCUCUCCCUUCAGGUUUCCACCCUAGUUCAGUUACUGGGGUGGGGGGUGGGGACAGCCGGCGGUGGGGGAGAGCCGCCUAGCCCUCUCAGGACCACAGAAGGAAAAAGACUUGUCCAGGCAGAGGCAGAUCUGUGUCAAGAGCCUGGGCUUCUAAAUUUCCAGGCCAGUGCAAUGGUUCUCAAAUGAGAUUAAGUGGGAUUAAGUGAGAUGAUGCAUGUAAAGAUGCUGUGUGAACUGUAAUUCCUCAUACAAUUAACACGCAUUAUUGGGAUUAUUUCAUUAUUUCCGCUUCCUGCAGGUAGAGCACAGAAGGGACCCAAUCCUCAGCCUCUUUUACCUUCUUUGGCUGGGGGUCAGUGUAAAGGACAGCCCCAAGAGUCCAGGCAGAAGGAGAUGGGUUUUGGGGUGACCCCAUCCUGGUCCAGCCUCUUCACCUCUCCUGCCCUGAGUGCACUCUAGCUGUUCUCCUACUUUCCUCCUCCCACCACCCAAAGACCAUCCAUCCUCUCCCUCCCUCUCCGGUCUGCUGCAGAGCUAACCUAAAAAUCACAUCUUGAGCCCCCUUCUCCAUGCACUGGGGCCUCCAUAUGCUCUCCAUGCUUCUCCAUGCUCUCCAGGCUUCUGUCCAUGUCCGUCUCACACUGCACCAAGCACCCGGUAUGUAUGGAAGUCUCCAGCCCCUUCCUGCCCUCCACUGCGUUCAAAGAUGGACCGUGUAUGAGGAACCGCCCUGUGAUUGUGCCCACCUCCUCAUCUACACUUUUUUUCUGUCUUCCUUAACCAAAGUUCCCUCUGGGGUCCGGAAAAGCCUGCCUUGGCCCAUAGGUGAUAUGGAGGCGAUUGUCCCAAAACAGCUGGUGACUGCCAGCUGGACUCACUAACAGAGGAGAGCUUGUAUCAGAGACCAAAGUGACCUCUGGAGCUGCGCUUUGAAAUACUUUCAAAGUUCAAAGGCAGCAAAUUGAGCUGUGAGCCAAGCCUGGAUGUGUCUCAGGCACCUCAUUCCCCCCCACCAACCUCACCCCCACAGAUCCCCCUAGAAGUUGCCAAGAAUUUCUCUUUGUGUCUAUUCCACUUCCUGGAUUGCACCUCACCUGAAACCAAAUGUGACAUCACCACACCUUCUGCCCUGAUCGCCCAGAUUGGGGUUACUAAGGUUAGAGGUCAAAGGAGGAUUCAAA